AUGGAGGAUUCAAUCGGAGAUAUACCUCAGUUGUCUCAGCUGCGAAUACGUGCCACGUCAUACAGUGAGGAUGAUUCUAGGUUAUGUUAUCAAAUUUUUUUUCAGGCUGUGACAGCAGGUACACGGGAGCUGUUUCAACGCACUUCACAUCUGACGACACUGUCUGCGUACUCAACGACCGUACAGGGCAGUCAGUUUUGGUGGCGAGCAGCCAGUCAACCAGAGACGCUCUCGCGAGCCUUGUCCAGAGGGAAACGGAAGUUGAGCGAAUGGAGUUGGCUGCGAAACAAGCCUGGCAGCAGGCGCAAGGAAGAGGAGAGAAGGCGAGCAGCAAUGAGAGCCGCCCACGCAGUUUCAGUGCGAUGCGAUCUCGACCACAGCAAGUUGCGCAACCCAAAAAGUACAGAGCUCGACAUCAUCGGUCUCUAGCUCAUCUGGACCCAAUGACGUUAACCGCAGAAGAGGCGCAGACAAUGCUAUUCACCUAUUUCAGUUUCACGCAACAGGAAAUCACUGGAUUCGGGGACGUUCUCGAGAUUGAUGAGCAGUACAUCGCGCCCUUUCUGGACAAGGCGCAAUCAGUCAUGUCACCGUCUGGACGCAGCAGCACAUCGUCAGCUCCCCGACCAACCAGUGCCAUGGCAACAGCUAUCGUCACCGAGACCGAUCAGCCAGUGGUUCCAUUAGAAUCGGAAAUGGCGAAUGAUGGAUUGCUGGCCCCGAAGAAUGAGGAACUAGACCCAGAAGCCGUUCCUCGCAGGAGUCGUUCGCACUUUGGAAUGUCUCGGUUCCUUGAUCGGCAAUCGAGUGAACCUCCGCCCAGACCUGCAGGGAGAUCGUCUUCGUCUGGGACUAGCAGAAAUGCGCGAAAAUCAGUCUGCGAAGCCGCAGGAGGAUCUCCUCUCAGUAGUGAAUUGUGUACGUCAAACACCACAAAUGGUCCAGAAAGCUAUCCAUUAGUCGAGUCAAAACGUGGGGGUAAUGUGUCGGAAGGUGUGAAUGGUUCUCCUGCAGAUGUCGUUGCACCUGUCCCUAAUAAGAUAAUCCCUUCUGUCGCUCAAGAUCCUUUAUGUCACGCAAAUGUCAUUGAUGCUCCGGCGCAAAACGAGAUUAGGGAAGCAGUGAAAGCGCGGCAGAUUGAUGAGCGGAACGAGACGUCUUUUUUGGUCGACAUGAACCGGAGACAAAUUGGCGAGGGUAUUCAUCAGAGCGACGAGGACCUUAUUGCGUUUCUAAAGGAGCCCUUGGCUUUGCUCAAAGCGAAAGAGCAAGAAGAAUCGCAGCGGAAAAUGACGGAGCCGGCCCCAAAGAGAAAAACCCGUGCCAGGUCGUCAGCGACAGCUGCGAAUGCCGCGCAAUCUGUUCCAUCCGACGCGGACAGUGUGCGACGGAGAACAGCUGUCCCUCGCGGUACCGGGCAGACGAACGACUCGCGCUCCAAGUCGAUGCCUAGCUGUUCGCACGCUCCUCAUUUUUGCAAUUACUCGCCUCCGGAUACCAAAUGUUAGUUUGAGACGGUAGCUUUAGGCGUUAGGGUGUUUCUCAUCAUGUGACGUGUUACUGGGUUUUAACCUCUCACUCCCUUUUUUCAGAAUUGAAAACCAUUUACUUAAUGACUUCACAAUAGUCAUAUUAUGUUUAAUAAUUCAAAUAUAUCAACUCGUCUGUGUUUUAAUUGGUAACAUUUGAUUAACUCAGUCCGUGUCAGAAACACGUCAACUUGUUUCUAAUCUUAUAUGUUUUAUCUUGAUUCCUGUCAUCCGCGCAAUCUGUUCAAACGCACAUUAUUGCUCUGUAGGCGUGUGCCGGCCAUAUUGAUUUUCAGUGCGUCGUGGGCCGCGCGCAAGAUUUGGAGGGUCCAUUCGGGCGGUAGCCGAGGCCGCACCGCAUCAUAGUGGUGCGUCGCGUGUCGCGGGCGCGUUUCUUCGAUUGCUCGUAGUCCCACUUCCCUAUUUGCUCCCACUCUCAAUCAUUUUUUGGGAUCUUUUUGUUUUGUCUAUCACCGCGUGCAUUUGUCGUGUGUUGUAAGCGCAGCGCUGACUUUUAACGAAAGAGAUUGAAAUGAAAACCUUUGAAAUAUCUCGGACUCGUGAAAUUGAUAAUUUUUUCUAUUGUUUUGUAAUCUGCGAUGGGAGGAUAGUCUUAUCUUGUGAUUACAUCAUUCAAAAACCUAGUUUUACCGGAGAAAAUAGAAGUAAACGCUGUUUUAUCGAUUUUCCCUCCGAUUAAAUCGCCCGCGAACAUUUGAAUUUAGGCCCUCCUAAAACCGUUGCGUGCCCAACCGAAGAACAGACUCUUCUGGGUAUGUAUACAUCGACGUCGUCACUGUUGUUUGCAUGUGUUGCGCUUUAUCAUAUCAUAUCAAUCUAUCACUUUUUGUGCCGCUUUCUCUCGUUCCUUUAGGUUGUAACUCUGUGCAUGUGUCAUUGUUUUCUCUCGCUUUUCGCACGCUUUCUUUCGAUUUCUUCUCAAUUUCCUGCCACUUCAUCGGAAAUGUUUUCUUUUCAGUUAAGCACACUACUGUCAAACUGGCGGGUAACGGCCAGCCUUAUCGGAAUUUUGUCCGGCUGGAUAUGCCGCUCGGACAGGCACUGGCAGAUCUACCCAUUGGAGCAGUCGCUGGACAGCUUCGUGCUCAGAAAGGUAUCCAGCCACUUGUAGAGUUGAUUUUUACCAGGAUAUUAUAGCGCUAACCGGGAAACCGGAUCGUGGCAAGAAUAAUGAGGCGACUUCAUCAGAGCUGGCACGCAUUGCUGAUCUGUUCGACUCAUCUGCGCAGCCACAAGCGCAGCAGAUCCUGAUCCAAGCACCGGUGCAAAUGUCGUUUAUGCUUCCACCAUCAGCACCACCACCGGCAAAGAAGAGAGCUCCAUCGCGUCGGAAGCCAGCAAAGGAAGCAGCAACUGCGGAUGGCGUCCCUCAAGACGAACAACGUAAGUGGGAGAAUGACUUGCCGAGAACCGAGUCGAUUUAUGGGUAGUAUAAAUCAGCCGCAGAAAAGCUUUUUAUUUUACGACUCGCCUCGGUUGCUCGUUGCUCGCUGCCCGCUGCGCGCAAUUUUCCCAUAAUCCGACGUCGACGAGGCGGUGACGUUUCGGUCAGUCAACUUUUCAGCGGCGAGCAUUCAGUGCGCAUUGAUGGGAAAAAGGAAGAGGGAGGGGUUAGUAUGAGGCAUAGCAAUCUUUUUUUGCAGCAAAGAGAAAGCGGGCGCCGCCAAAGAAGGCACAGGCAACGGAGAACUGGAAUACGGGACAGAUGGUACAGUAUCAGCAGAAUCCAGUGAAUGGGAACCAGCCAGUUGUGCAGCAGUCAGAUGGAACAGCCUUCCAUCAGCAGGCUUAUUCGAACUACAACAACACAAUGAAUCAGAUGGUCGGAUACCCACAGCACGCUGCGACAUCUACGGAUGGUAGUCUUGGAUACGGGUUCGGAGAAGGUUAGUUUGUCAACUCAAGUUAUCAGACCAGAAGGUCGCCAGAUGCUCAGCGUUUAUAUACACUUUCGCGCAUAAUCAUCACCAGAUGCACUUUCUGUAGGCAACAGUGAGCGUUUGACGUCUUCCCUUUAAUAUUUCACCGAGAUCAACAUUUUGACGCCUUCCUUUGGGAAAUAUCUAGUUCAAGGACAUGCGCGCGAACGUUUGAAUCCAGAACGCCCAAUUGACCACGCCACGAUGUUUUCUUGCAAUCGCGCUAUGUGGCUGUAAUUGCGACAAUCAUUCUCUCAACUCAAAUUUACAGGUGGGAACGGAGAGUCGUCUUCGCAGAGCUCUUCGCAGUACUCUUCUCAGAGUGCUUCGCAGGACGCUUCCUAUUACUCGUCGUUCAACCACUCGAUGAAGCCAAAUGGACAACCACCUAAAAAAGUGGUAACGCCGAAGAAAAGCCGUAAGUGAAGCAAAUCCAAACUAUCAAAACAAGUCUUUCUUUUUCAGUUGCCUCCAUGCUUCCGCCACUUUCUGGUGCCACAGGCAAAGCAGCACAGCAGACGAUUGACAUUGAGCCAACUCUUUUCAUUCAGCCAAUGCCUGUCGUUCAGCCAAGUACUGGCAUGCAGCCAACAAAUGUCAUUCAGUCCACAAGUGAUAUCCAGCCAACAAGUACAAUUCCAAAGAAAAAAGUAGUAGCUAUCACAGACCUUAAUCAUGUUCCGGAUCACAUCUUGAUAAAAGAUGAUGAACCAACACAGAGUGCUAAUACUGAAAAUCCAGUGCCUACACAAAAUAACGACGGAUAUACAGGUAAAACAAAAAAAGGGAAAGAUUCAGAUGCACCAUGAACAUGAUUACAGGUGGUCAAGUCGAAGGCCUCAACCAUGACCCCACUCAAUACGCGGAAAACACUGCGAACUCUGCCAAUUCAGUUGCCAGCAUUGACGGGUCAAUGCAAUACGCUCCGUUAUCAAUCGAAAGUCAUAUCUCUAAAAACUCCCUAGAAUCUUAUGCUCCCAGUUCUCAUCAUUCUAGUAUGCCUCAAACCCCGAUCUGUAAGUUCAUAAGCGUCGUGGAAAACGUCUAAUUUGCUUAUUUUCAGCGAAUCCAAAUGAUGGGUCAUUUUACAAGACACAGCCGGUUGCCAACAAUAGCCAAAUGAGCUUUUCAAUGAAUCAUGGUCAUACUCAUUCCGAGCAAGCUAAUCAGCAAUACCCAGUUGAAGCCUAUUCGCAGCAGUACCAUUUCCCUUUGGAAUACUCCCAGUACAAUAUGGAUCUCCAAGUUGAUCAGCAAAGUGUCAUGCCAACUUCACAAACCACGAGUUACGUCCCGGAGGCCAAUGGUAAGAACACUUUAGGAACUGUGAGCAGCAAUGCAACUGACUAAUUUUCAGCGCCAUCGAAUAAGGACAACACGCAGCCAAUGCCCGAAUCUGCGCCACUGCAAGUGCAAUCUGACAGCGCCACCUUUGCCAAUGGCGCUGUUCCGUCUACCGGUCAAACCGCAGUCCCCAGUAACAACGGGAACAGUAUGCCGAUCAACGGCCAGCCGACGGACCCAGCUUCGACCAAUCCUGCUCUGAGCUGGUCGAACAACUCUCCGGCACCGGCUAGCCAGCAAAUGGUUGCUCCGCAGACAAAACCUUCGAAGAAGACUCAGAGACGCACGGCUUCAACUUCUAAUUCCCGUAGAGGAUCAGUUGUAUUGAGCCAAUAUCUGCCGCCUCCCGAGGAGGACCAGCAAAUGAGCAUAUCCACGUGCCCGGAGGAUUGUACCAAAUGCACCAUGGACAAAACGGCCAAUAGCGGACAGACAUUCGUGCAACCCCAACAACAGUUUCUGGCUCCACAAGUCAAUGGAAGCAACUCCUUGCAAGUUUCAAGAGACCAGUCGACGAGUAACCAGCAGGAAAAUGUGCAGACGGUGCAGAAGAUUCAAAACAUUGGAAGUAACCUACUCCCGCCGGAUGCUGAGCAGAUCUCCUUUGUGCAAUAUCUGCCAAAUCAAAUUUCUACGAUGAACCAGAUCUCGACAAUCACGCAAGUGCACAACGGACAGUCAAGUAGCAGUCAGAUGAACAUGCAAUCUGGAAUCGGGCCUGGAAGCGCUUCUCAGAAUGUUAUGCUGAAGCCGGCUUCUAGGAAGAGAGCGAGACCAUCGAAGAAAAAGCCGGCGGAAGCUCCGAUGGUGAUCAGUCAAGAAGUAAUCCUGCAACAAGGAAUCGCGCAGAACAAUGGUAAUAAAAUCUGAAAAAGUGACAACAGCUCAUUCCCAUUUUUUUCAGACGCACCGGGAAGCGGAAAUCCGACGUCUCCAGAUAUUGUCGAAAUGCCGCAGCGCGACGAGCCUUUGAAACCGGAAGGUGAUGAUCCUUCGAGCAGAGAGAACCAUGUCAUCGAAAUCAUCAACACUGUUGUUGACCACGUGAUGGAACUUCCUAUCAAGAUUGUUCGGGAAAAAGUGACGCUGCCGCCGAGAGAAGCGUCGCAACAAGCAGUUGAGCAACCGUCUCAAAUGGAUCCUCAGCUUCACCAUCAACAGGACCCGCAUCAACAGUCUCAGCAGCAUUCGCAAUCGCAACCUCACCCACUGAUCCAACAGCAUCAACAACAGCUUCAAGGGCAACAGUCCCACCAAAAUCAGCAGGAGUUUCGUUCUUUGCAAAAACUGCAAUCCGCACAACAGUUUCUGUCACCACCAGCUAAGCGAAGGAAAACGGAGAAACGGAGUCAAAAGCAAGAGAAAGGAUCGUGUCAGCAGGAAGCGCCUGUACCUCAAGCGGACCAGUUAGCUCAAAUGCAGAGAGUGCAGGAGAUUCUGAACCAACACCAUCAGGCGCUGAAUUCAUUGGACGCGCGAAAACAGACGGGUACGAGCACCUAUGUUGUGGUGCAACAGGGUUUGCCCAAGCCGAGAUCACCAAGGAAAGCUUCACGUCCACAAGCUCUUCAACCGAUGCAGGCGCUUGUGCAGACUCAACCGCUCCCGAGCCACCAACAACGUCUUCAGUCAGAUGCCACAACGCAGUCGCCUUCGUCGCAAAGACCCGACUACAUUCGUAUUGUGAACAAUGUUCCAACUCAUUCGAACGAGCCCAACCGUCAGUUUGAGCAGAUGCAGCAGACUUGGCAUGGAGGACAGCCAUUCCAUCUGGGACAACCGCAAAUUGCUCAAAUGCAGCUCCAACAGCAGUUUGCAGUGCCGAGCAAACCUGCGAAGCAAUCACGACCACGCAAUCGAAAACGACCUGGACCGAUUGAUCAGAGACAGCUAUCGUCUUCUCAGCAUGCGCCGAUGGACCUUCAACAACAUGCUGUUGUGCAAGUACACUCACCGAACAUGCAGCAGAAUGGAUCUGUUCAAAUGGAUCAGGAGACGAUGAUAAUGCAAGGACAGACUGCUGUGAUUCAACAUCACAUGAUUCAGCAGCAACCUCACGCCGGAAACCAGCAGCAGCAGCAGCCGCAGAUGCAGUUUCAACCGUCGCUGGGGAGUACGUUGCAGCACCCGCGAGUUGCUUCAUUGAAUCCAACGGUAACAUCUCAUCAGCAACUGCGGAUUGAGUCACCGAUCAACCAGCAGUCGCCAAUCGACGCUCAAAAUCAACAGCAGCAACAAGGACUGGCUCAGCAUCAGAUGCAGUCAUCCAUGGCCCAUCAGCAGCAGCAACAAGGAGUGGUUCAGCACCAAACGCAGUCGUCCAUGGUCCAACAGCAGCAGAAUCAGCAGCAACAAGGAAUGGCUCAGCAACAGAUGCAGUCGUCCAUGGUCCAACAGCAGCAGCAACCGGCGACGUAUAUGCAGCAGCAGCAGUCUCAGCCAACUUUCGUCGCGCCCCAAGAUCCAAAACUGGCGAGACUUCAACAGAAUAUGGAAAUCCGCCGUCAUCUGCAGAUGAAAGUGCAACGACAGGCGGAGUUGGGAGGGCAACACACUCCUCUGCACGAUGUCAUCAAACGGACGUCAUCGAAGCCACGACGCCACAGAUCUAAAACCCAGCAACAACAGGCUGCCGAUUUGGAACUAUUGAAGUUCCAGCAACAGCUGGCAGCGGGACAACCAGGAGUGGCGAUUGAAGUUCAUGAGAAGUCUCCGAUUGAACUGAUGCAGGAACAGCGGGAUCUGGAGGAACUGCAGCAACAGCAGCAACUCGUGCAGCAGCAACAUCAGGAGCAGCAACUGCAGCAACAACAAUUGCAAACCAAUGACCAACCGCAAAGAUUAAUGGUAGAAGAAAAUGAUCAGGACAAUUUGGUAGCGAUGAAGAAUCAGCAACAGAACCCGGCUCUCUCCUCUCAACAGACGCCGUAUCCAGUUCAUCAGCAGCAGCAGCAACUCCAACAACAGCAAGCUCAGCAUCAAAUGCAAGGCCAAAAUCAACCAAUGGAAGGACAGCAAUACGUGAUGGUAGAUGGUCAGAUGCUAUUGCCCAAUGGACACAUGCCAGCGGCUAUCAUUCGAUAUCAAGAACUCAAAGAGAGACCAAUGUCAGAGAUUCAGCGCCAGCUCGAAAUGCCCCUGCAACAGUCGCUUUCUCAGAAAUCUCAAGCUCCGGAGCAGAGAGCCCAUGGUUACCAGCAGCGCAGAACAUUUGCUCAGAGAGUGAAGUUAAGCUUGCCUCCUCCAAACUCGCAAGCGCAACCGCAUGCCGAAGUAAUGAACGAGCCGACUGUUGGACAACAUCUGAAGAAACAACAACAAACUGCCGCGGAAGCACAACGAGCCGCAAUUCUAGCUGAGAAGCAAUUGGAGAAACAACUCGCAAUGCAAGGGACUGCGAUAAAAGCGGCUGAGAUGCGACAAGAAGCAGCGGGAGUCCCAGAAGCGGGUCAAAUCAAGGAGACGGUUCGAGUUAAAGGAACGGGUAACAACAAGAAAGCGAAGGCUGUAUCAACCGCUCAAGUGGCUCCACAGGAACUCGAGAAUACGGCUCUAACUACCCAAGCCGAAGAAGCUAGAAUAUUACGCAUCGUCAAGGAGAAGUUGGCCAGUGAAGAAGCCGAGCGACUUGCCCAACUGACGUCCGAAACUGAAGCUGAAAAUGAAGCAAAUGUCGCUGCAGAAUCUGUCCCGGAGGGUGAUUCGGAUCCAUCUGCUGAACAAGUUGCAGAGGACCUGCCUCUGAAAAUCAGUGCUGUUGCAAGAGCGAAACGGAUUCGAGAAACAAUUGCUGAAAUCGCCAGUCUCGGACCACUUUCGAUGCGCGAGGCUUUUCCCAGCGGAGAAAAUACUCCCAAUGAGGAGGAACGUUUUCACGAAUAUUUGGAAUUCGUCGAGGCGAUCACUAAAGAAAUGAAAGAACAUCCAUGCGUUGUUGAAAUCGGAGUCGAGGACGUUCUUGCCAACGAAGAGUGUAAGUUAAAGCUUGUCCCAUCAAAAGAUCUUUUUUUUUCAUUUCAUAAGUUCAUUUUUUCAGUGGAACCAGCACUGCACGGACGAUUUCGUAAGAGGCUGGCUGCGAUUCGUGAGGGCAGGGUCACUUAUACAGAAGGAAAAAAGAUUAAGAUCAUUCCUGCUGCGCUUUUCGCAAAGAAACAGGCAAAGAAAGCUCUGGAAUCGAAAACUAUGCAGGCAGUCGUUGUUUCAUCGGACUCGUUGUCCCCACCGGACAGUCUGCAAGCGACUCAACCUUCUUCGGAAUCUCUGUCCGUGAUCACUGGAUCAAGUACUGCCGACACGUCUCCAAUGACAUCGGCACUCCAGACGCCAGCUCAACAGGAUGUUUCGACGCAGCAAUCGACUACCGCGACGCCAGCGAUGACGCCGAUUUCCGACCUAUGCUUUGAAAUGUAUCAGAAAGAGCCGAUUCUCGAUGAGCGUACCCUUCUUGACGCUGCGAUGCCACUUAGUAUCGAUGACUCGAUGGACUUUGACCAAUCGACACUUGCUUUGGCUCCAGUGUCUCGUAAGACGUCAGUGACCGGAGCGACCAUGGGCUGGGAUUCUCCGUUGACCGAGCAAUUCGGUUUGACCGGAAAAUCGAACGACUGGGUUGGCGCAUCGGAUCCCACUAGUCCAACGGGACCUUCUUCGUCAUCAAACUACACGUCUGCUAGAAACAACCGCCAAAUUUCGUACAGUAAGUUCAAGAAAAACCAGCAAGUACAUAGAAAGAUCAUCUAUAACAUUGCAUAUUUUCCAGACAGCGUCUUGGAUGAGUUUGAAAAGUUCACCCACAACAAGUCGCCACCUGCUGACAAUGAUCCGAUGAUGCCGGUUGUGAGUCGCGACGAUGAUGACUUCAGUCUCUUGAAUCUGAAUCCUUUGAGAUCAGACUUCGACUUUGGUAAAAAACAAUAAUUAUAAUUCUUUCAUUAAGUUGGUUUUUCUUCCAGACAAGGAGAUGAACGCUUUCUCUGGACUGAACGAUCCGUUCAUGGGAAUCACCGACGACUCGCACCGCCACAGUGUAUUUGACGCACCCGAAUCUUUCUGCAACAACUUCAUCGACCUUGAUGCCAGAAACAAUGAGAGACCGUCGACCCCAAGCGUCGGCAUUCUCGACGAUAGUUCGUACCCAUGUACGUCCAUGUCCUUUUUUUAAAUUGCUGUGUGUUGUCACGUUCUUAUAAUUAUAAUAUAACCAAACAUGAUUGAAUUGAAUGCAUAAAGUAUGUUUUACAGCAAUUGAUCCGUCGUUUUUCGGGUUCGGUUCGCCACCAAAUUCUCCAAUGGUUCACCAUCUGGAUUAUCCAGUGCAGAAUGACACGGGUAACCGUAGCUAGACUGUUUCUUUCUGUUUGUGAACUUCUGGUUUACAGUAACUUCAUCCUCUGACGUGGAGAGUGAUGGGCACAAUAUCACGUUGAAUGUCAUUGCGGCCGAAUCAGAGCCUAUUCAUCUUGAGUUGCAACAAGCUUCGGCUGACCUGUUUGCUACCAACAACACAGAUUGGACCAUGAUUGACCUAUUGCAUCACGUGGCUGAAAAGAAAACUCCAGAGUCCUCGAAAAAAUCGGAAAAAGCGCCAAAACUGACUAGAACAAACUAUAAGAGCAUUGUUAAAGAGCACGGGGUGGAGAUGCGCGCUACAGAUCAGCUUCAAUAUAAAACAACAAGAAAGCGGGGAAAUGAUUUCCUGUAAGCGUAGAAUCUAGUUGCGACCCGAUAAACUCUGACCUUUUCAGCAGUCCAAAAGAGGGUAGCAUCAGUGGGUUCCAUUUGAUGGAUCAGCUCCACGAGAACGGGCAGUCAUCCUCGUCAGCUCAGCAUCUGACUGUUCGCGACAUCGUCACCCAACACGUCACCGCGGAGCACUUGGCUUCGAGUGAUGAGCCGGCAGCGAUGGCUGAAGUGCUCGAGAAACUGGAGGAAGAGCGCAGCUACCUGAUGACAAAGGGAGAGCACGAAAGACAACUGCUCCCGUCGGCGCAGAAAGUGGAACACGAGCAGCUGGAGCCUCUCCCGAGACGUGGUUACAUUCAAUGGAAAUCUAGUGCAGGGUAUGGUGAACUAAUAACGUCCGAAAAGAAGUCUAACCGGAGCAAUUCGCUGUAAGGGAGUUUACGAAAUCUCAUUGACGCUUCCCGUUUUCAGUAGCAUCUCGUCCGAAGGGUCUUCUUCGUUGUCAAACCCAACCGAGUCCGACUUGCUGGAAGUGUUUGAUAAACUAUAA